CUCUCUCUCUCUCUCUCUUCUCUCUUCUCUCUCUCCAUAAACCUCACCAUUGGUGUUCUUUUAAUCGGUGAGAAAGCAAGUGCUCCAAGAAUUGCAAAGGGGAGAGGAGAGAUGAGAGAGUGAAGAACAACUACAUAACUAAAGCAUCUCUCUCUCUCUCCUCUCUCUCUCUCUAGAACACAAGAACAAUUUAGCGAUUACUAGCUAGUGUUCAUCAAAACUGAACUUGGACAAGAAAUUUACCUAAAGUUAGUAUUCCACGAUGAGCUUUCUUGAGCAGGCAACCGAGCGGAAGGCACCACCGCCGGCGAGGCUCGGCUCCAUCACCAAGCUGACGGCGGCAUCGUCGUCCUUCGCCAACCUCUUCUCCACCUUCCUCGGGCCAGUGAGCUCCCCCGAGCCGAGGCCGAGGCGCAGCUUCGACGGCGGCGCCACCGGCGUCGGGCUUGGCAUCGUCGCGGCCAUGAGCCACGCCUGCCUGACGACCGAGGCCGAGCCGAUCGCCAUCGGCGCGGCGGCUCGGCGCCGCGCGAGAGAGGAGGCCGAGCUCUCUGAGAGCUACACUUGCGUCAUCACGCACGUCGCCGGCGUCGAUGGCGCCAGCGGCAGCGUGAGGAAGCGGGUGUACUUUGGGUUCGGCGACGGUGGCGGCGGCUGGCUUGUGGAAGCCGACGAGGAGCCGGCGCCGGCGGCUGACUUCUUGAGCCGGUGCUUCCUGUGUGACAAGAGGCUUGAUGGGCUCGACAUCUACAUGUACAGGGGGGAGAAAGCCUUCUGCAGCUCCGAGUGCAGGUGCCACCAGAUGCUAAUGGACGACCAUGCAGACAACUGUGGAUCUGAAGCCCUCAAGGCCAACGACUACUCGGCCUCGCCGCACUCUGCGCCAUUGCCCUUCUCCCUCAGCGUCGCAGCUGCCUAGUCGAUCGAAUAAUCGACUGCAUGAUGUAGCACCGUCAGGCUGCUCUUCAAUUCUGUAGCAGCAAAGAAAUAUAUAGAGAGAGGUCAAAGAGAUCAUUUAAUUAAGCGGAUGAAACAUAUAAAGAGUAAUCACUAGAAUGCUUCUUAACUGUGGCUUGAAUAAAAAAAAAUGGAGAGGAUUCUCACACUAAAGAAACAGAUUAAACAGAUGAAGAAAGUUUUGAGAUUAUAUGCUCACCGCAAGACACUGGAAACUUCGUGCUUGCAAUAUUAUGUACGAGCAGAAGUAAUUAGUAAAGGAAUUUGAUGUUAUGUUCUCUUCUGAAAUUUCAGUAAGAGAGAGUGUAUUACAUAUCAGGUGCAUAAUUGGCUCAGGUAAAAGUUUUAUGGUCUA